CUAGCUCGUGCACUGCAUUUAUUACUCCCUCAUUUAUCUAGAAAUCCUAAAGAUAAAUUUUGGAUUUAGAAUCAAUUUUCUCUCUCUUCAUUUAGUAGAUUUUAAAUCCAUAGACUAAGGAUGUACAAGAACAUAACCUGAUCCGUUCACAAUUUUACAGAUUCCUUCCUUUUUUACAAAACCUGAAUAGGUGAAAAAAAUGUUGGAAUAUCUUUCUAAUUAUAACUCAUAAGCUGGCUACAUAAACCUCUCCUAAGCCUCCAUUCUUCAACCUUUGAACAUCAAAGAAAGAUCAAUGGAAGUAGAGAUCUCUAAGCAACAGCAAAGAAAACCCUCAAAGGGGGGAUGGAAAUCAGCCUUCUUCAUCAUCUGGGUUGAAGUUGCAGAGAGGUUUGCUUAUUAUGGUAUGUCAGGGAACCUCAUCACCUACCUAACUAAUGUCCUGAAAGAGCCAACUGCAACAGCGGCCAAGAACGUGAACAUCUGGUUUGGUAUUUCUGCUCUCCUUCCUUUAGUUGGAGCUUUCAUGGCGGAUUCCUACUUCGGUCGUUUCAACACCAUACUCGUCUCUUCUGUGAUUUAUCUUAAGGGACUAGUCUUGUUAGCUCUUUCAGUGUCAAUAAUUCCGGCAAGAUUCCGGCGUCAAAUCUUCUUCUUAUCUCUUUACAUUGUAGCAAUUGCGGAAGGUGGCCACAAGCCAUGCGUGCAAGCAUUUGGAGCAGAUCAAUUUGAUGAGGACAAUCCAGAAGAACAGAAAGCCAAGAGCUCCUUCUUCAAUUGGUGGUAUUUUGGGAUAUGCAUUGGUGCAUUUGCAGCAACCCUGGUGGUGAUUUAUCUCCAAGACAAUGUGGGAUGGGCAGUUGGGUUCGCAGUUUCAGCGGGUGCUAUGGGGAUGGCUCUUGUAGUGUUCUUAUUAGGACAGAAACUGUAUAGACGACAGGUUCCCAGUGGAAGUCCCUUGACUCAAGUGGCACAGGUGUUUGUCGCGGCGGUUCAUAAGCGGAACUUGCCUGUCAUGGAGUGUGGUUAUGGUGAGGCCAUGGAGGUUCAGGGCAUCAGCCGCAACCUUGCUCCUACUAAUCAGUUCAGGUUUUUGGACAAGGCAGCGAUUGUCGACAAUACUGAUCGGUUGAGUGGGUGCAAAAACACUUGGAGACUUUGCUCAGUAACUCAAGUUGAAGAAGUAAAGCUUCUUAUCCGUUUAAUCCCUAUUUGGUUCAGUUGCUUGAUGUACGCCGUGCUGUUUGCUCAAGUUGCAACUUUCUUUACCAAGCAAGGUAGCACAAUGAACAGGAAAAUCGGAUCGAACUUCCAUGUACCUCCUGCAUCCCUUCAAUUGUCUACGGGACUCGUGAUAAUGUUUUUCCUACCGAUAUAUGACAGAAUUCUUGUUCCGGUCGCAAGAAAGCUCACUGGGUUACCAUCUGGAGUAACAAUGCUUCAAAGGAUUGGAAUCGGGAUGUUCCUUUCGAUAAUUGGAAUGGUGAUAGCAGCUUUAGUAGAGGCUAGAAGGAUUAGAAUAGCUAGAGAGCAUGGCCUGCUUGAUCUACCUAAGUUAACUGUACCAAUGAGCAUCUGGUGGUUACUUCCACAGUACAUGAUCUGGGGACUUGCUGAUGUCUUUGCAAUCGUCGGAUUGCAAGAACUCUUUUACGAUCAAAUGCCAGAUACAUUGCGCAGCCUGGGGGCUGCAGCUUGGCUUAGCAUCAUAGGAGUUGGAAGUCUACUGAGCAGUUUUGUUAUCUCCAUUAUACAGUCAAUCAGCUCAAGAUAUGGAGAGUCUUGGUUGGGGAACAAUCUUAACAGAGCACACCUUGACUACUAUUACUGGGUUCUAGCUGGAUUGAGCACACUCUGGUCUUGUGCCUAUGUUCUUGUGGCCAAGUUUUUCAUUUACAAGAAAAUUGAUGGUGUAGAUGGUGAUGCUACUACAGAGGAGGCUCUCAUGACUCUCUAACUUGUUUGGGUCAUUUAGGGUCUGUAUUGGUGUAAAGAAUUGAAGUUAGCUCUUGGACAUUUCAACCCUUGGUGAAAUUUCUAUGCCCUGAAAAUGUUCUUUUAUGGGCAACUCUGCUGUUUAUGGCUCAGUGGUAGGUUCUGACUUACCGACAAAUUUUGUGGGAUGAGUCUAUCACCAUCGCUGCUCAUGAGAAUGGUCCAUGUCUUCAUUUGACUGUUGCAAGAUAACUCUGUUACUCUUCAAGAGAUCUGCCCUGUUUUCAUAAGUUGUGAAGGGAAAUCUGCAAGGACCUAGGUGGCAUAAUUAACUAGCAUCCGGUUUUGAAUCUGUAAAAUAGGAUUAGAGAAUAACUGGUUUCUGCUGUAAUUUUGUGGUGUAAUCUUUCAGUUGUUCCUUCUACACCUGUUUGUUCGUUUUCGUUUUGGUCUGUAGUCCCCGUGUUCUGUUAGGGAGGAAUUCACAGACUGGUUUCAAUCUGGUGACAGACUCAACAUUUAAUCAGUUAAACUCUGUAAUUCAUGCAUGAUCAAUCUAAAUGUCCCAGAAGUCUUGGCUGAUGACAGUCUAUUAUGCUUUUAAGCAGCUCAGGAUCCUACACUGUGUACUGCUAGCCACUACUUUAACCAGUGAAGUCAGUAAUUCAUGCAAUAACCCUAAAUUUAUUGAAUAAGAAACUCCAAAAAAUCAUAGAUUUUAAGAAAUCUUUGCUUCUUCCCGAACCCAACU